AUGGGCACCACCCCGGCAGCGACGAUGACGAGGAAGUUGACCAAAAAAAUCAAGGCCUUGGCCAAGGAAAAUAUCCUAAUCGGAGACAAGAUUCGGGAUGCGCGUGUUGCCCACGCCGUUCUCCAGUACAACUCGCCGCUGAUCUAUCGCAACGAGUCCGGCGCGCUCAACGAGAACAUCGCCGACGUCUUCGGCAUCAUAGUGAAGCAGCUGUACGAGAACGAGGACGCCGAACACGCGGAUUGGCUGGUCGGCGAAGGCUGCUAG